GCAGAGCUCCGAGUGACCCGGAGGUAGAAGCGAGGCCUACUGUUUUCUCACCGCAGCCUCCUUCCUGUAGCCCGGUUGAGGAAGUGAAUUUCGCUGACAGGGCUGGGUUCAGUGAGGGAGAGGCGAAUAAAACAUCUUCCACUGGGGGAACUAAAACAAAUAAAACGAAAAGAAUAAAAGUCGUGAGGAGCCAGGUGUAUAACCACAGCGAAGCUAAGGUGUACAGCCGUUGGUGAAACCGUUCCCGCAGAGACCGUCGCAGACAUGAACGAUCAACAGUUGGACUGUGCCCUGGACCUGAUGAGGCGUCUGCCUCCUCAGCAGAUCGAGAAGAACCUCAGUGACCUCAUCGACCUGGUGCCCAGUCUGUGCGAGGACCUCCUCUCCUCAGUGGACCAGCCCCUGAAGAUCGCCCGUGACAAAGUGGUGGGGAAAGACUAUCUGCUCUGUGAUUACAAUCGAGAUGGCGACUCCUACAGAUCCCCGUGGAGUAAUAAGUAUGAACCUCCCAUUGAAGAUGGUGCAAUGCCUUCAGCUCGGUUGAGGAAACUUGAAGUGGAAGCAAACAACGCCUUCGAUCAGUACAGGGACCUGUACUUUGAGGGUGGUGUGUCCUCUGUGUAUCUCUGGGACUUGGAUCAUGGCUUCGCUGGAGUUAUUCUCAUCAAAAAGGCCGGCGAUGGAUCCAAGAAGAUUAAAGGAUGCUGGGACUCCAUUCAUGUGGUGGAGGUGCAGGAGAAGUCUAGCGGUCGCACUGCUCACUACAAACUCACCUCCACCGUCAUGCUGUGGCUCCAGACAACCAAGACCGGCUCUGGCACCAUGAACCUGGGAGGCAGCCUUACAAGACAGAUGGAGAAAGACGAGACAGUCGGAGAGUCCUCACCUCAUAUCGCCAACAUCGGCCGCCUUGUUGAAGACAUGGAGAACAAGAUUCGCUCCACACUGAAUGAAAUCUACUUUGGGAAGACCAAGGAUAUCGUUAACGGCCUAAGGAACGUUCAGAGUCAGGCUGACAAGCAACAGAAGGAGGCUCUGAAGGCCGACUUAGUGAAGGCCCUCAAAAACAAACAUAACGGCUAGAGAAGCUACUGUCGGUUCUCCUCUUCUCCCUCUCCAUCUCUCCACCUCAUCUCUGCCGUCUUUUCUUUCUGUCUCCGUACCCGUUUCAGUGCUGCACUCUUUUUAUUUGUUGAAAACAAAAAA